UCCGGGCACUGCCUGUCUGCACCUGCCCCGCUCAGUCCUCGCCCGUGAGCGCACUGAGAAUUCAGCCGGGGAAAAGCGGCCACCAGAGCGGCUGAAUGUGCUCGGGGAGGCCCCGAGCGCGGCUCUGACCGAGCUCCCGGAGCUCUGACACACGGGAGAAGCUCCUGCCCUGCUCGGAUCCUCUGCCCACGCCGAAAAUGCCAGCGGCCGGUGCCAGCGUGCUCCUGCUCCGCGCCUGCCUGGCGCUGCUGGCCUCGCCCAUCUACCUGCUCUCCUUCCUGGGCAUGUGGGAGCCCUUCUGCAGGAAGAUCUUCUUUCCUUUCAUCCUGGACAAGCUCAGCGUCAUCCACGACAAGAAAUCCAAGAAGCACAAGCAGGAGCUGUUCCGCAACCUGCCCGACUUCAGGGGCCCGUCGGGGGCGCUGAGGCUGCUGGAGAUCGGCACCGGCAGCGGUGCCAACUUCCAGUUCUACCCGCCGGGCUGCCGGGUCACCUGCACCGACAUCAACCCCGGCUUCCAGGAGGGCCUGGCCAGGAACAUGAAGAAGAACGAGCACCUGCAGUUCGAGCGGUUCGUGGUGGCCGCGGGGGAGGACCUGGGCCAGGUGCCCAGCGGCUCGGUGGACGUGGUGGUGGCCACGCUGGUGCUGUGCUCCGUGAGCAGCGUGGGCAGCACGCUCAGGGAGGUGCUGCGGGUGCUGCGGCCGGGAGGAGCUUUCUAUUUCUUGGAGCACGUGGCCGCCGAGCAUUCCAGCUGGAGGUAUUUUUGGCAGCAGGUCUGCUACCCGACUUGGAAACUCGUCUUUGCUGGAUGCUGCCUCACGAGAGAGCUGUGGAAGGAUCUGGAAGAGGCCAAGUUCUCGGAGCUGAAGAUCCAACACAUCAGCGUGGCGAUGCCCUGGAUGCCCAUCAAGCCCCACAUCGUGGGCUACGGGGUGAAGUAACCCCUGUCCCCCAAAAUUCCUCACGGUGACCAACACACCCUGCACGGCACGGGCUCCUCCACACGUGCCCUUAUCAGUGAAGGACUUAAAUCAGAACCCAAAGUCUCAGCUGAGAGGAGAGGGUCAGUUUUCUGAGUGUCUCUGAAUCACACAAUCAAUAAUCAACAAAGUUGGAAAAGCCUUUUUGGAUCAGCGUCCAACACAGCACCAGCACCACUAAACAUUCAUUCACAGUUCACCACUAAACCACGUCCCCAAGUGCCACAUCCACGGGUUUUUUGAACACUUCCAGGGAUGGUGACUUCCAGCCUGUGCCAGGGCCUGGCAGCCCUUUUCUGUGAAGAAAUCUUCCCUCCUAUCUAAUUAAACCUCCCCUGGUAUAACCUGAGGCUGUUUCCUUCCUGAAGCCUUGGGCUGAGCCUGCCUUGUUGGAGCCCAGUGCAGCCAGGGAGGAUCCCAGGACAACGAAAACCAGCCCGGGAAGCAGAAAAUAAAUGUAUUAAUGGCA